AUGCGCUUUGGAGAAUAUGAUUCCAAGUUUACUCUGCACAUAAAGUUUGCAUUGUGUAUGGAGACAUACUCCAAAUUUAACGUGGUUGAUAUGGUUACGAAAGGAAACGACAUGGAACUGUUUCACUUCUUGUCGACACCUUUAGUUAUUAGUCAAACAGAAAGGAAGCUAAUGUGGUUGCAAAAGAAACGACAUAAAUUAGUCAAACAGAAAGGAAGCUAA